CGCCUUAUAAUAAAUGGACAAGUAUCAGGUCAUUGCCAGUCCAAAAGAGGGAAAGAGGGGGACUCUCCUAGGAAAGUGAAAAGUGGGUGAAUCUGGCCGCCGCCCGUCGUCAGAAUUUUCCUCCGCCACCGGUAAAUAUGUCGUCCGGCAGGUACAUGGCCUACUCACCAUCUCCCUCUGCUCCUCACUCUCCUCACAUCGGUGGUCUUCGCUCUGCUUCCUCUGCCCUCGCCGACCAAGAAAAGUAUCUCUCAGAGUUACUUGCGGAACGCCACAAAAUCAGCCCAUUUGUGCCUGUCCUUCCUCAUUGCUAUCGAUUGCUUAAUCAGGAACUUUUGCGUGUAACUACACUGUUGGGGAAUGCUUCAGUUUUAGAUCAAAGUGGGUUUGAACAAGCUAGCCCCCUGGCUUCAGGAGGAAUAUAUUCAAAUGGAGGAGCUAAUAUGGACAGAUGGGCAUCACCAUUUCAAUCAGAAAUAUCGGGUUUAAUGCACUCACCAUCUACUCAAAGCUGGCUUAAUACUCAAAGUAACUCAUCAGGCCUCAUAGUGAAGCGAACACUCAGAAUUGAUAUACCCGUGGACCAAUAUCCUAAUUUACAUUUGCAGUACAAUUUUGUGGGGCGCCUCCUGGGCCCUAGAGGGAACUCUCUAAAACGAGUGGAAGCUACUACCGAGUGCCGGGUUCUGAUAAGAGGACGCGGAAGCAUCAAGGAUCCAAUAAAGGAAGAAAUGAUGAGGGGCAAACCGGGGUAUGAGCACCUGAAUGAGCCUCUUCAUGUUAUUGUGGAGGCUGAACUGCCAGUGGAGAUAAUUGAUGCUCGGCUAUUGCAAGCACGUGAGAUAUUGGAAGAUCUGCUCAAGCCUAUGGAUGAGUCCCAGGAUUUCUAUAAAAAACAGCAGCUACGUGAACUUGCUAUGCUUAAUGGUACUCUUCGUGAAGAAGGUUCUCAAAUGUCUGGUUCUGUUUCCCCCUUCCACAACAGCCUUGGGAUGAAGAGGGCUAAAACCAGGGGGUGAUCAAUUCCUUCUCUGGUGGGAUAUGGAGCUUGUGCAUUGAUACACACCAUUAACCAGCAGCAGCAGGUCUUAUGCAACAGGUGUUGCUAUUAAGUCAAGAUGCCUCGCACUGCCAUCGGGGCACUGGUGCUGUUCUGUGCCAGUUCUAACUUGUCUCUAUAUGAUAUGAAGUGUGUUUAUGUUCUGGUUGGGGAAGAUUUAGUAAUUCAUAGUAGUGGACCGGUUAGGAGUUUGCUUGAUGUCGCCAGGUGGUUUGUCUAGAGCGUUGUCUUACCAACGUCGUCGUAUUAUUCCAUUAAUUUCUAGUUUGUGAUUGAUGGUGUGGGAGUGCCUGUAAUGGUAGCAAGGCGUGUGUGUACUGGAAAAAGGGUAAAAACAAAAAAAGAAGAAAAAAGUGGGCAGUUGGUGCCUUUUCGGCACUCCUUUUGGAACGUAGUAUUAUUUUAGGGGAGUAUUAUUUUAGGGGAGCAUUCAUCUUAAUUAUGCGCACAUCAAGCACUUGGUAUUUAUUUAUUGUUUGUGUUAAGUCUCUGCGUGUAUGCGCUCACGGUUGUAUAAUUGGUGCAUUCCUGCGUGACUCUCAUCUUGAUCCUACUCGAGGACUCUAAGGUGUUGCUUGGUAGGGUGUAUAAGAAUUGUAUUGAGUAGGAUGUAUUAGUAAUGUUAAGAUUAUUUCUUAUUGAU